AAAAAAAAACUUGGAGGUAUCUGUAGCGGGAGAUUAACGCCGUCAAAGUCUUUUUCCAUUUCUUAUAAUAACGACCGGAAACGGUCGCGAAGCUGCAGAGAAACAUUCGCGCAGAAAGAUUGAUCGACUGUUGACCGUCGCCGGAGGAAGAAGCAGAUCACGCCGACGCCAUGUCAACCUUCGCCGGAACGCCUCCUCCUUCGUUCGACGACGGCACCAUCGGAUUCGAACCUCGCCUCGCUUCACAACGAUUCGAAACCUUUUCUACUUUCGAAACCGAGUCCGCCGCCGACUCUGCCGGCGAUUCGUCACCGAUCUUCGGAAAUAUGGCAUACAACCAAGGAGACGACCUUUCGCCGACUCCGCCUACGAAUUUCUCGGCGGAUGGAGGAUUCUCGAGUUUCUCGCCGCAGCAGAACGGGAAGGGUUUUGAUGGAGGUUAUGGCGAAUCGGACGGCCCGAUCCUCUCGUCUCCGACGGCGAUGGAACCGGAGGAAGGAUUUCCUUUAAGGGAGUGGCGCAGAUUGAAUGCGAUUCGAUUGGAAGAAAAGUUGAAGAGGGAGAAGGAGCUGUUGGAAGAGAUAAUUGAUGAGGCUGAUCAGUAUAAAAUUGAAUUCUACAGGAGGCGCAAGCUUGCUCUUGAUAAUACCAAAACUUCUAAUAGGGAUAAGGAGAAGCAAUAUCUAGCAAAUCAAGAGAAGUUCCAUGCUGAAGCUGAUAAGAACUAUUGGAAGGCAAUUGCAGAACUAAUCCCCAAUGAGGUUCCAACCAUUGAACAAAGGGGGAAGAAAGACAAGGAGAAGAAGCCUGCUAUUGUUGUUAUUCAAGGUCCAAAGCCCGGGAAACCGACCGAUCUCUCGAGAAUGCGUCAAAUACAAUUGAAACUCAAGCACAAUACCCCUCUUCAUAUGAAGCCUAAACAACCACCACCACCACCAGUAGAACCUAAAUCCGAAUCGAAAAAGGAUUCUUCUGCUGCUGGCAUGACCUCGGCUGCCGGUUCGGGUUUGGCAACUUCAAGAACUGCUGCUGUUGCAACUUCUGAGGGUACAACUUUUGGCUGAAAUUGGCUGGUAUAUAUAUAUAUUAUAUACUCCCUGUUAUGUAUGUUUAGAAACACUAGCUAUAUCAUGGAUCUUGAUGUCUAAUAAUAGUCAGUUAUAUAGUAAUUAGUAAAUAAAUCUCUAAAAAAAUCUAGCAAUAUUUGUAGGUAGAGCCACAAAAAGCUACAAAAAUCCUAAUUAGUGCUUGGUUUUGGUGGAUUAUGGAUGGUUUUGACUGCUUAAUUUUCUCUUGUUCUGUGAAUAUUUUUAUGCUGUUUUUGUGAUAUACAAUCAAUGGAAUAGUGUUAAUGCAUUUGUACA